AUGUGUUUCUUAAGUUCUUGGACUUGGUUACAAUCAAUGUUUGAUUUCUUGCUCUCCAAGGUAACCUCAUCAAGUUUAGUCUUCAACCAAUCUAGCUUGAAUCCUGCGUCUGUUAGAUCGGCCAACUCGCUGCGAGCAUUGCUUAGCUCAGUCUCCGAGAAGCUAUGUGGAGGUUUGUUGUUUAGUGUCUCGAUGAGACAGAGAAGGAGAUUCAUGUAUGUUGUCUUCAACACGCUACUUGGUCUGAAAUUUACUGCAAAGUGUGGGUGUUCCUUGGAAAAGCGUAGUCACUGA